AAGUGGCAGUAAACAGAUUCAAAGCUGAGACUCGCUCAGUGAAUCAUAAUAGAAGAAGCCUUUCACGCAUUCGAGCUCUUCAGAAGAGUUAAUCAAAAAUAUAUUUCAGUAUACCAGUUUUUUGUUUAUUCAACGGAUUUACUUUUGACAACAGGUGAGGACUUACAUUACAAGUUUCAUUUGACCGACGACGAUAAAAUUGGUAAGAAUGGCAGCAGACUGGGUUGGCUGUCUUGUUUCUAUCCACUGUGGAGCAACUUUAGGAGUGUAUCAAGGAGAAGUGUCUUCAGUAGAUCAGACCAGCCAGACCAUCUCUCUCAGACAUCCCUUCCACAAUGGAGUCAAGUGCACUGUGCCCGAGGUCACCUUCAGUGCCAUGGACAUUAAAGAUCUCAAAAUCCUGGAGAUCCAUAAGAGUUCCACUGAAGUCCCAAAGCAGAAUGGUCCAGACACCAGCUCCACAGUGACUCUCGUUAGCGGACGCAAGGAUAAGGGUGGUGGUGGCGCCCCGGUCAGUAGCACUCCUGUGAUGGUCCCUAAUAAAACCGAACCCAAACCACAGGAAGGAGGGGUGUCUCCGGUGCCACACUACUCAAAAAGUUACGGUGAACGUCACAUGGACAUGGCUGUCCAAAGUAAAGGCUUUAGACGAAGACACAACUCUUGGUCGUCUAGUUGCAGAGGCCCAAAUCAGGCCACGCCCAAAAAGAAUGGGUUGAAGAACGGAGGUCAUAUGAAGAACAGAGACGAUGAGUGUUUUGGAGACGGUAUGGACGAUGUUCCCGAUGAGGACUUUGAUUUUGAGGGGAACCUGGCGCUGUUCGACAAGGCUGCGGUGUUCUCGCAGAUCGAUUCGUCAGAACGCCGAGGCAACGGCGCGAGAUCUCGAGGAACGCCUGGAGAGCAAACGCCAUCACGAUACCGGCACGACGAGAACAUCCUAGAAGCCAAACCCGUCGUCUACAGACAGAUCACGGUUCCACAGAAUGGAACCAAAGAAUAUAGCACUGACUCAGGGCUGGUGGUACCCAGCAUCUCUUUCGAGUUGCACAAGCGUUUAUUAGCUGCGGCAGAAAGUCAUGGUCUCUCUCUGGAGCGCAGGCUUGAGAUGACGGGCAUAUGUGCGAGUCAGAUGGCCCUCACGCUACUUGGAGGCCCGAACAGACUUACCCCAAAGAAUGUACAUCAGCGGCCCACGGUGGCCCUGCUGUGUGGACCACAUGUCCAGGGCGCUCAGGGCAUCAGCUGUGGCCGUCACUUGGCCAACCAUGAAGUGGAGGUCAUCCUUUUCCUGCCAAACUUCGUCAAGAUGUUGGAGGCCAUCACCAGCGAACUCGCACUUUUCGGGAAGACGGGAGGCAAACUGGUUUCUAAUGUGAAAGACUUGCCCGAGACGCCAGUUGACCUGGUCAUAAACUGCCUGGAUUCGCAUGAAAACGGAUUCUUGAGGGAGCAGCCCUGGUACAAGGCCGCCGCCGACUGGGCCAAUCAGAACCGAGCCCCGGUACUGAGCAUCGACCCUCCAGUAAGUGGACAGGCACAUGCCGUGGAAGCAAAAUGGUCACUUUCCCUGGGCCUCCCACUGCCUCUCUCCGAGGGGGCCGGCAGAGUCUACCUGUGUGACAUCGGCAUUCCCAGACAGGUGUUCCAGGAAGUGGGGAUCAAAUACCACUCCCCCUUCGGAUGUAAAUUUGUCAUCCCGCUGCACUCCGAAUAAGCCGUUGACUUUCACGGUCAAGGCUUUCUGAACCUGCCUUAAAGAUUUUAAGAAUGAACGGACCUCGGUUUGAAUGUUGCAGCAGAACUGGAACUUCUCAGUCUGUAUUUUUCUCAAGUUCUUCUAUACUUCUGUGCUUAUUCUCCUCAAAGGGAAGUGACGGAAACAAUACCAGCUCUUGUGACAAACCUGAUAUGUUCAAAGCAGAACCAACAUCAGUAUACUCGCCAUCUGAUGCAUUCUAACAGUCUUACAAUAAUCUUUCAAACAGCCGUUUUAAUACACAAGGCUGAUUUAUUUAUUUAAAUCUUUUUGGGGAAGGAAAUGAGAAAACUUUCAUAACCCAUUAAAUGUGCAGUUAUGUCACAAAAACAGCAACUGGCUUACACUUUCAAAUAAAAAUUUCCUGAUCAUUAACUCCACCCAUGUCAUCCAAGAUGUUUACGUCUUUCUUUCUUCAGUCGGAAAGAAAUUAAGGUUUUUGAUGAAAACAUUCCAGGAUUUCUUUCCUUAUAGUGGACUUCCAACGGCUUCCAGACAGUUAAAGGUCAAAAUGAGUUUCGGUGCUUCAAAGCGCUCCACACAAUCCCAGAAGAGGAACAAGGGUCUUACCUAGCGAAAUCUUCAUUGUCAAAAAAAAUAAAAUUAAAAGCAUAUGCUUUAUAAUCAGAAAUACUCUGCUUGCACUGCUCUGCGAUGCACAUCCACGACUUGACGUAAUACAUCAUCACACUGAAAAGGUCACGCGUGACGUAGGCAGAAGUACCAACUUGGUGUUUACAAGCCGAACUUACAAAGACUAAAGUCAAACGCAGUUUACAAAAACAUUUUAUGUGUGUCAUUGAACAUACAACAACAUUGGAACGGUCCUCCUCCUCCACAUUUGUAAACACUGAGUGAGUCAAGCGUGACUUUAUCAAUGUGAUUAUGUAUUACGUGAAGUCAUGGACGCGCAUCGCAGAGCAGUGCAAGGCGAGCUUUUCUGUUUAUAAAGCAUAUACAAUUAUUAUUAUUAUUUUUUUUUUUUUAAAUGACCAUUUCGCUAGAUAAGAACCGUAUUCCUCAUCUGGUAUUGUGUAGAGCGCUUUGAAGCAGCACUGAAAAUGUCAUUUUGACCUUUAACCGUUUAGUAGCCGUUGAAGUCCACUAUAAGGAGAAGAAUCCUGGAAUGUUUUCAUGAAAAACCUUUGAAGAAAUAAAAAUAAACUGUUUGACUGAAGAAAGAACAACAUAAUCAUCUCGAAUGACAUGGUGGUGAGUAAAUGAUCAAGAAAUUUUAAUUUGAAAGUGAACUAAUCCUUUCAUGCGACUUAAUUGGUCUUAUGGCAUUUUUGAAUCAUAUUUUAUCCAAAAGAAAAAAAAGCUUUUAGUUCAUAAUUGCAGAUGCUGACUUAAAUUUGUCCCAUAGAAAACAAAUCUGCAUUAGAUGGGGGUUUCGUCCCCCCUUUUCUUUCUUUUUGUGCCAGAUUGAUCAAAGUCAGUGUCAAGGCACUGAGAGUUCAUUGCAUGCUAAAUUUCUUACAAAGUGUUAUUUGCUUUGUCGACCAAGCCCAGUGUGCUGUAAAUAUGUCAGAUUGACUGGGAUCUUAGCAGUGAUAAAUUGUUGCACACUUGAAUGUUAAGGUAAGUGUACUAAAAAACUAGUUUGGGAUGUUGGUUGCCAUUGGACCAAUUCUGAGCAUUUAAAAGCAAUCAUUGGCCAAUACCACCAGUUUUCUACCGCAAAAUUCAUUACUGUGCUUUACCUCAUUUGCAUUAGUUUCAGUUCUCAGUGCUCACAAAUAAGCAGCUUAUGAAAUCCGGUUUUAAAUGGGUUUCAUAUUGAGUCAGCACAGCCUGUUUGGUUAGCACAAACAAGGAUCUUUUAUUAAGAAAGAUGCUCCAUGUGUUGCAAUAAACCUGCUUGCUGAAAUUGA